AUGGACCAAAUCUUCAAGUACGGCUCGGUUGAGGCGAUUCCGCAGUUCAAUUGCAGGUUUGUUUUUUUCUUUUUUGAAUAGAAAAAUGAAUGAAUUCAGCGGAAAAACCGUCGAGGAAUGGAUAGCCCUUCAAGGAGUUCCUCAUAUUGGUUUGGGCCUCGGAAUCAUGUUCUACGGAGUUUUGAUUGAGGUUUGAAACUUCACAGAUUCAAAAUACAAUUAUCUUUUUUUCACUGUCAAAGUUCUAUAAAAGCGCCUCAAAUUAAUGUUUAAAUUCCAAAAUUCAAAAAAACUAGUUAGACAGAGCGCGAAAAAGAGAGAUUUCUACAGUAAUCUUCUGAGUUUCCAAGAGAGGUUUAGCUUUUGAUGGAGUAUAAGGAUUAGAUAAAGAAGUUAGAAAAAAUACGGUUCGCGAAAGAUCAACAAAAUUCGAGAGAGACGUCAGAGAUACGAGAGUUCCCUCACUUCUCUGGCGUCUCUCCAGGGGUUCGUUGAUCUCUCGCUCUCCUUUUUUCCACUUCCUUUUGAACACUGAUUCUUCGGUUUAUUUUUCAUCUGUCACUCGGAAUUGAGGAAAUGAAAAACUCGCAAGUCAAUGGCAAUAUAAAAACCCGCAAACUCGAUAAAAUAAUGCAAAACUAGAUUUUCCAGUGUUAAAAGCCCGAAAAGCUGAACAUAGCUCUGCUCGAGAAGAACAAAAAGAAGCAAAAAAAAAAUUUUAACAAGUAUCCUAGUCUGAUAAAACUGUUCAGUGAUUCAGGAAAAUAAAAAGCAGCUUUUCAAAUUCACUGCUCCUUCCUUCAAAUAAAGAUAAUGAAUUAAAAAACCACUUCUUCUAUCAAGAACACAAAUCAAUUGCUAGAAAGGUGUUAGUUAUAAAUGAAAAUAACUACUACUGAAUUAUUAAAAAUUUAUUUAAAAGGUUUAUCGAAUCAAAAGUUCUUCUCUUUUAGAUCCUUUACUUUCCUUGCCUCGCGGCGAUGCUCAAAAAAGAGCUUAUUCGUCUUUCCUGCUUCAAAAUCAUGUUCUUGUUGGGUGUUAUCGACACUUGCGCCAUUUGUGAGUUCAUUAUCAAUAUAUGGUCGCACUUGGAAUGGCUCAAAGCGUUGCAAUCGCUAUCAAAGAGAAAUUUAUUGCUGUUGGAUCAGUUGGAGUAUUGUUGAAACCUGAUUGAAUCAUUAAAUCAUGAAAAAGGCUCUUUUUGAGUGGCAUAACUCACUUCACUAUAAAGCAAAAGUCUAGGAUCUUUCAAAAAUUAAGGUUCAGACAAUUCUCGUCAAAAGUUCAACUUCUAACACAAUUGUUCAAAAGUCGUUCUUUAUGAAAAGCGCACAAGAAACGGCUGAGCCAUUCCCAGUGCGAACAUGGCGACUUAGUUAUCAGUUAAAUUCAAAAAUGGUGUAGGCAUGAACUCGGUGAUAACUGGAUUUUUGUUGAUCGACGGAGCGGUUUUCUGCAAGUACCCGACGCCGAUCUACUGCAUUGGAGCCACUGGUUUGGGUCAGUUGAACUCGUUGAAAAGCUUUUUUCAAGUUGAUCAUCUACAGGCUUAUGGUGUUGUGCUUGCAUGUUGGCGAUGAUUCUGGCUAUCAACCGUCUGAUGGAUAUUAUUCAUCCGAAAAUGUUCCAGACCUAUUUCAAGGGGUUUGCAUUCAAAAUUCGUAUAUAAUCAUACGGUCGCCUAAUGUAAAUUUUUUAAAUUAAAUUUCAAAACAAAUGUCGAAUCAACUUUUUAAAAAAAUUUUUCCAAAUCAAAUCCUAAAAAAAUUAAUUUUUUUCUACCAAUUUGUUCAGCUACCGUACGAUCUUUGUUUUGAUGCUACCCAUCGCCUACGGACUUUAUUUUAUUUGCUUCACUCCGAGCGCCGUCUUCAGUUCUAAAUUUGUCGGCUGGUACUUUGACCCUUUUCUUUUCACCGACGGCCGAUUUGUGGUAAGUCUUUUUGUUUUUGUUUUUUGAGUUUUACCUUAUAAGAUUAUCAGGAUUAUGAAAGACAGCAAAGAAUAAUUUAAAAGUGCUUCCCUCCAAGGUAUUUUCGACUCAUAUCGCUUCGAUUGCCUCAAAGAAGGGAAAAGAAAAAAAAAAACGCACCAAUAUCAACGCACGAAAGUAGAGACGUUGAAAUGUCUAAUUGAACUCGUUGAGAGCUUUGUGAAUGAGUAGGAAGGAUAACUGAAACUUCCGCAGUCGGUAAAAAAAAUUAGAAAAAAAAAGGUAUUUACCGUGAAAAAUAUGCGAGCACGAAUGACAUUGUCCUAUGCUCUUGGAAGUGGACAAGAAUCCUACAAUCGAAUUUAAUACGUCAAUAAAAAUCCAAUUGAUAAACUGUAAAACAAACGGAAAAUAAAACAAACUAUGUCGAAAAACAUUUCAUUGGUGAAUGCGGUCACCGUGUUGGUAGAAACCAGGAAUACCGUACAACCGCGUCUUUUUUCUGAUUUUUUUGCUUUUAUCUCAUUUCUAAAGAGAGAAAUUUCAAAGUUUAGAAAUGAUUAUUUUUUUUAAUUGCUCAAAUUAGAAAGCAAAUAUUAUCAAAUCGAUUUUUUCAGUAUUCCAAUAUUUCUCACACCAUUAACAAUGUUGUGGUGGUGGUGUUUUCGACGUUCCUUUAUGUUGCCUUCUGCUUCGUUCUCUGUACACGGCUCAAAGGAACACAAAAUCACUCCAAGUUCUACAAACAGGUUUUUGAUAGAUAAUAAUAGAAGCUGAAGGAUUUUUUUUCUGAAAACCGUUUUAAGGAAGUUUUCGCUCUUCAAAUUUAAUUUUGAGACUUUUGAGUGAACUUCAAAUUAUUAUUUUUUGAGUUUUAUUUUUAAUGAUAAUCUGAAUAUUUUUUCUGAAGAUUUUCCUCCAAUCGGCCCUCAUUUGUACCGCAACAUUCCUCGCCUCGGUCAACUACGUUUUAAUGCAAUUCGCUGGAAUGCCAAUUUGGUUCGCUCUCGUUGGCCAGUUUGGCUGGCAAAUGAGCCAUGGAUGUCCCGUUUUCAUCUACAUUUUUUUCAAUCGAACUCUCCGCAGAAACAUCCUUGGACUGUGCAAUUUGACGGUUAUUUAUCAAUCCCUCAAGAAAAAAAAUUAAAAAAAUUUUCAGUACGAUCCGAGGAAAGGAAAAGUCGGUUCGUAUCGGCCAAGAAGUAGCUUCGGCACUGCUUCUGAAGAUCCUAACAUGAUGAUGUAUUGA